CAUGUUGGAACUCCGGUGACGUUCUGAGCAGGCCGGGGACCGCGGGUUGGCAGCUCGGAGAGUCGGGGAUGUGGCCGCUGUGUGUCGGCUUCCUGCUCCUGCUGCUGCUGAGAGCGGGGAGUGCUGAAGGGGCGCUGUGUGAUAACGGCCGGGUGAGUGGCCUGUAACCUCCCUGACUGUGGGCGGCAUGCAUUGACCUCCAUUAUAUCGGGGCAGGUUCUAUCAGCGGCUGUUAGUUAACACUUUGUAUCCAUGCACUCAGCAUCCUCACACUGCCAGUCUUAUCAAUAUGUGUAAUAAUAAUACACUCUUUAUUGUGCUCUCACUGUGAGUGCAGGUAGUUACCCAUGGGCACUCUCCCUCCAGUGAGUGCAGGUAGGUGGCCCUCCCUCUGAGUAGAGAAAAAUAAGAGUUGUAUUUAAUUUCCAGAAAUGCAGUAUUAGUAAUUGGAGAUUUAUUUUUAAACUGAGCUAUGGUGCCAAUGUUACUGCCGAUUGCAUUGUCCCCUAUUUAGAAUUUGAACAAGAAUUGCGCAAACCCUCUCCCUACCUUACAGCUGCUUUCUGCAGGGGACAUGCUUUAGAGCUGUGAGAGUGCCCUGUGCUUAGUGUCAGUUAUGGCAUCCCCUAAUUAAACACACUCACACAGAGGCUUAUUCGCUAAACUCCAAAUUGUACGCUGUUGAAAUCCAAGCGCUAACAUUUGGCUAAAAAAAUAAAUAAAACAAAUAGACAGGUUGUUGUUUUAGAAAAUUGUUGGAGAGUUCUACAAGCCUGGUUUUGCCACAGUGAAUUGUCAGGAAUUCAAAGAUAACUUCCAUUUUAAGGUCGAGUUGACUUGAAAACGUUAUUCCAGUUUCCGCUAUUGUGGCCUAAGAUUUGAAAUUCAUUUUGACAAUUCCCUCUUGUGUCCCUGUCAAGAGUCCAUCACUUGCCUAUGGGUUAUGGCCACUAAUCCUUUAUCUUCAGGCGCUUGAACAUCAGGCGCUGUGACAUUCCAUAGGACACUUAAAGCCUUAUCAAAUGAACUGCACAUUUUCCCCAUGUGGAUACUAGAAAUCUGCAUAAAGGUUCUAUUUUUAUUAAACUGUUGAGCCAGGAGAAUUUUUCCAUGAUUUUUAUAUAGUAUCUAGUGACCUACUGGGAGAGAUUUAUCAAAGUGUCACAAAUGCAAUGUACCUGCUGAAUCCACUGAUUUCCAUGUUGAUUGGUUCCCUUGUAUGCUUAACCCCUUAAGGACACGUGACAUGUCAUGAUUCCUUUUAUUCCAGAAGUUUGGUCCUUAAGGGGUUAAAGAGACACUAUAGGCAUCCAGACCAUUUCAUUUUAUUGAAGUGAUCUGUGUGCUGUGUCCCAGUCCUCCUUAACCCUGCAAAAACAUUGCAGGGUUAAGACAGACUCUAACAACUGUCUCUUAGAGAACCCUUCCUUGCCUUUCAUAGUGUUAAACUCCAUGAAAUGACGUUGGAUGUCCUCACGCUUUGAAUGUGGACAUGCAGCAUCUUGAAAAUCCCCAUAGGAAAGCAUUGCCAUUCAUUUUCUAUGGGGAAGGCCUAUGCACAUUAGGUUUCCCCCCAUCACUGAUGUUGAAGGAGGCGGAGCAUGAUCCAGUAUUGAGGGACCUUGGCACUGGAAUCAGGUAAGUGGGGAAAAAAUGUAUUUUUUUUUACCCCUUAUUCGCUGGAGGAGGGAUUGGGCAGAAGAACUCUAUAGAGUUAGGAAUACUGUUAUGUGACUCUAUAGUGUUAGGAAUACUGUUCCUUUAAUUAAAUUAGUGCUGGAGUUGUGGAACGCAUUAAAUGGCUUCUUUGUGCCAUAUUCUAGCUGGAGCAUGGCAUAUGGCCAGAAAUUUAGAGAUGAAGAGAAAACAGCCUCUGUUCUGGAUCAUUGGAGCAGAAAAUUUUAAUGUCUGGGUGUAAUUUCGGAGAGCUGUUUGGUUACAUGAAAUUAAAUAAGCGAUGUUCUUAAAGGGUCUACUUUAGCCUAGCGUCAUCCCCUAUUUCUGUGUUGAAUAUUUUUUUAGCUGUUUGAUAGAAACAAAUGGUACCCCCGGCGUCUGUUGUUUGCUCUUUCACUUCACAUAUUGCUAUCGUGGAGGUUACACUUCCUCAUUCUCAAUAUCCAUGUAAGGCAAUGCAUAGCUGUCAAUCACCAUUAUACACUCUAAUAAUGCAUUAUGACCUUAAUUCACUAAUUGUAGUCGUAGGGUUUAAUAGCCAAAAAGUUGGGGUCCAGUGAUCCUGCCAAUUUAACCAUUCAGUGUAAACCUUUGCAGUUUUUCAGAAAUGUUAAUGUUUGCUUGAGCUGUUAAAUACUUCUACUGCACGAACAGAGUAAAACUUGAUCACGUGACACAGAAGCACCCACAGGAAAGCAUUUAUUCAAUGCUUUCCUUUGGAGAUGCUUGGAUGUGUACGCGGCUGACCGCUCUGAGCCAAUCAGGUGGCGCCCUUGCACUCCACGCUAAAAUUGCUUGGUGGGAGUUGAGAUCGGCGCUGUAGGCAACUUUAGGGUUAAACGAUUCGCGAACUCCUGGCAUCAUUUGAAGUUGUUAUGGUGCCAGGAAUGUUCCUUAAUUUACUCGUAUUACUACGUAUUUACAAUGUUUCUUUUUCCAGUUUUAGUACUCAUUUUGAUGUUUGUUCAGCGAUUCCAUAAUUCCCUAUGUGACUGACAGAUUGACAAAUUUAUAUUUUCACCUUCUAAUUGUGUGCUUGUGACCCAUAUUUCUGUUGCAGUUUAACCUUCAUAUGGAUCUCCCAGGAGAAUUUGCCUAUGUUUGUCCUGAAGAACACUGGCCUGUUCCCAGCAAGGUAAAUGUGCAACCGGCUUGAGUUGAGAACCAACAUGCAAAUCAUGGGCCACGUUUUUAGGGCUUGGAAAAUUCUCCGAACUCAGCUGAGCUGGAAAUGCUUUGCAACUGUUAUUCUGUUGUCCGUUGUCAACUCGUGUAACAGAUCUUGUCAAGUUUUUGCAAGUAAAUUACUAAUCUGUAUUCUACAAGAACCAAUUAGAGCUUUUGUUGGUAUAUUUUUUUCAAUUUAUUUUUUUCAUUGUUAUAAGUGAACUUGUUAUACAUACACUGCUUGCUUUAUUUGGGGUUAACAAAUAUUAGUAGAUUAACGCUCUAACACAAUAUUUGUAAACCAGUUUUAAUUUCUGCUUACCCCAUAGAAUAUGCUGAUAAAUAUUACCUACCUCCUACUUGUCAGUGGGAGGACAAUUCAGAACCAUUUAAUACAUAUUUUAGCAUGCAGUAAUUUAUAUUUCCCUAUAUCGUGCAAGUUAGUAGAUUUGUAGAAGUAGCACUUAUUGUUUUAUUGCCAUGUAGUACAUGUUUAUGUACAUAUUUGUUUUGUCUUAGCAGGUCCUUCCAAGUAUUGCCACCAAGCACAAACAAGAGGUAAGAAGAUUGUAUUAAUCAGUAUUUCUACCAAAGCUUCAUUCUUUCAUUACUAUUGAGUUUAUAUGAACUGAUGUAUCUACGUGUCACCAUUAAGAUUUUAGCUUUGAUUGAGUGCCUUUUUUUUUUUGAAUUUUUUUUUUUUAAAUUUUUUUUUUUUUUUUUUUUUGUAGACGUAUCUUUAAUACUAGUGUUUUUAAUUUUCAGAAUUCCUCCUGUGCCUGUAUGGACAUCCAGAUAGUGUACACGUCACCUAUUCCUAACAGGUGGGUAACCUAGUGACUACUCUCAUCUGUUCCUAGCCACACUUAUAAGAAUGAACUUCAAGAACCAUAUGGGUAAUGCGUAUAUCACGACUACAUAUUUUAAAAUGAUUUCUAUGUUUAUUUUCUAUUUCUCCUCUUUCCUCUUUUUAUAUUUGAAAUCUAGAUUUAACAAUUGUCAGGAGACUUGAAUCAAAGUACAAUUGGGGUCCUUUAGCUCACUCUUAUUGUUUACAGAGGGCUUAAUAUUUGACUUUUAUGUGAACUUUAUUUUAGAACAGUAGGCUCUUUUUAAAUGCUAGUUAUGUUCGUUAUUUUCUGUUACCUUGUCUUUAAAAACUUUCAUAACGUGAUUUUUUUUUUUUACUUAAAUGAGUGAUUUGGAUUCUCUUGAUUGAUAAAACCAUGACUUUGAAGUGAUUUCGAGUAGGCGAGACCCCAUCUGCUAUAGCCCAUGCAAGUGGUUUGACUUGCAAGCCUGGUAUUCCACGUUAGUUUCAUGGUCCGUCUGGGCUUGGCUGGACUCUGUAGCAAAAGUGGUGUUAGUGCUGCUCGGUAUAUUCAUAAUUAAACUGAAGGGCGUACAAAGCUCUGGUUUUAAACAUACAACUUUUUGAAAGCAAGCAAACAUUUCAAUUGUUUCUCAUUUUAUCAUUAUGGAAUUUCAUGUUAUGGGCAAUGAUUUCAAAUAAAGUGCAUCAUUAUCUUAUUAAUUACUUAGAGGGUUAGCAUUUUCUGCAGUAAUAUACUAUACCACAUUCAAACCACUGCUCCCAUAGACUUGCAGUUUGUGCCUAUAAUAGGCAUUUAUUUUCAGUGCAGUGUUUUGAUUAUAUUUAACAUUUCAAGAAUUCCAUAAGUAGAACUGUACAGGAAGUUGACAGACAACUCUUUGGUCUUAAAUGUGAAACUAUGUCAAUGAUGAUAAUAUCUCCUCUUGGAAUGCAGUGCAACUGGCAUAGACUGGGGGGAAAAAAACUGCAUUUUUGUAAAGUAAGCUUGCCACUUUGAGGUCCAUAACAACUAUGUUCCUGCAGCUUUUUCGUUUUUUCUGAUUCAUAAAUUCAGACAUUUUUCAGACAUUUUAUUUUUUUCCCCCUGUAUGUAGGCCCUGUCAGUCAGCAUGGUAGAAUACCAUUUGUCCAUAUUUGUUUUGUGCAUCUUUUGCAUAUGGUGGCAGCACACACAGCAUACUAACCCCUAGAUUUCUUGGACAGGCUUUAGUCUUUCUCCUUGGCAGACUCUCUUUGCUCAUGGCUUAAUAACUCCAUACUAAAAAUAGCAGGGUAUUUCUAUGCUGCAGCAGAGUGCACAUAUUUCUCCUUCUUUGGCUACCAAAUCUAUCUUCCAAGAUGAAUUGUAGACCAGGAAGACCCAUUUUAAGUUCCAUGAGAGGUGUUUGUCUAUCCGGAACUCUGGCUGGAGGAGAGGAUUGUAAAUCUUAUAAUACAAACUUGUCAUAGUUUACAACUCCUGUCAUACUCAGUGAUAUUCUGGAAGAGAUUAGUGGGAGUUAAAAUAUACAUGUGAUGUAAAGGGACGGCGAUUUGUAGGAAAGCACUCGCAGGACUUGAUAUGGUUCAAAAAAAUGCUUCUUUAUUGCAGCAAAAAUUUUAAAGUAGAAAAUGUCAACGUUUCAGUCCCAUCUGGACUUUUAUCAAGACAAUUAAACAGUGAAAAAAAAUAGCCUUUAAAUAUGCAGUGAUCACAUGUUCAUUGGAAGGUGAAAACAAGGUGGAGUGAGGUCAUAAUUGACAUGUCUGUUUGCAAAUAACGUAAUCAGGAUAAUUGGUAUGUUGAUAAAUAGAAAAUAAUAAAAAAUACAAAUAUAUAUUAUAUAAUUUUUUAUAUAUAUAUAUAUAUAUAUAUAUAUAUAAUGUUAUAUACAUAGGUUCUCUUUAAUGGAUAAGUGAACGGUAGUAGGCAAUCAAUAUAGCACUUUUAUUAACUUGAAUAGACCAUGCCUUUAAUCACAUGUAUGUUCAUUUUAAUUACAUGUGGUCUUCUUGUUGCAUAUAGUGGGGUACACCGGCCAAAGUGGGCCAAAUAUGGAGAGUACAUCUACUGCCCACCCCAGCGCUGGGUUCACAGCCUUAAGGUGGGUAAAAUUAAGAAAUAAAUAGCCAGUUUACAAUGAAUCGUGGUGUCUUGGUCUUUGAAAUAACAAUCUUUGUCCAGGAAUGCUGUAGCCAAGGACUAUAGAGCUGUUUACAAUAUUAACAUUCCAUAUUGGCAGAGGUUACAGAGUGAGGAAACUGUAAUCUGCAUUGGUUGAUACACAAUUUUUUAUCUCACACAGAAAUGUUGUAUAAUUAUGGAAAGAGUAAAAACAUGCUGGGUGACAUUUAUUUAUUUUUAUGGAAAUUUUGCAAGUGCUAAUUGUUGACUCCAUUUUCAAAGUAAGACGAAAUCGAGCAGCAUCCAUUAGACCUUACAUGAUUUUUAUAGAUUAGGUUGAUUAGAAAUUAAAGCAUUGCAGCCAGAGAUUUCAUAGAUCUCACAUAUAAACAUGUGAUUAGAAGAAGUGUGUUAUUUUCACGAUGUGCCUAGUGGUAAAUAUGUCCGUUCCUGAGUUGUUUACAUUCUUCAAAUAACCCAUUCUCAUUAUUGUGUGUUUGCACACCUUCUGAUUACCUUUUUUAUCUUGCAGCGUGGAGCGGUUGCCUUUUUGUAUCAUCCCUGUGUUCACCCAGAGCUGAAAGAAGAAUUAUCCCUUGUGGCUCGCUCCUGCUUGUACAAACACAUAAUUACUUCCCUUCAUAGUCUCUCAAGAGAAAGGGUAUAGUCAAUUUUACUUUGAAUAUUUGUAAAUACUUUAAAAGGACAUAUUAAAUACUUUAAAAGGAAAUAUUAAAAGGACACUAUAGGCACCCAGACCACUUCCUCUCAAUGAAGUGGUCUGGCUGCCUUGCCCCUAUCAUUAUAGAUCUGCAAAGAAAUAACACUUUUGAAGAAAACACAUUGUGUUUUUUUUUUUUUUGGGGGGGGGGGGGCUAAACCUACUUUUUGUGGAUGUCUCUGACAGCCACUAGAUGGGGCUUCCUGGUUAGUAACUGAGUGAAACUCUGCUAUUUGCAUGAGGACAUCUAACCUCAUGUAUAUUCAAUGCAGACCGCUCUGAUGGGAGUGUGUCUGCAUUGAAAUCUGUUGCUGCAGAAUACCCAUAGGAAAGCAUUGAUUCAAUGCUUUCCUAAGGGGACAGCUUAAAUGCACUCGCCAUGCGUGCAAAUUGACAGUCGGCAUAGGCAGUCAUGCCUCCUCUGUGACGUCUCUGAAGGAGGAAAGAUGAGCAGCGCCGUAGGAGCCUUGGCGCUGGAAAAGUUAACUAAAUCCCCUAAAAAAAUAAUUUAGCGAAUGGGUGUGGACUUGAAAAGAACUAGGGACUGAAACAUUAUAGCAUUAGGAAUAAAGAUUUGUAUUCCUAAUGCUAUGGUGUUCCUUUAAAGGAACACCGUUUUCUUAAUUAUAUAGUUGAAAUCCUUAACAGUACCACUAUUGUCUUAGAGAGGUCAGCCACUUCCAAGCAUGAUAAGUUUGUUGCUGGAAACUUUAUUUAAAAAAAAAAUGUUUUUAUUUGUAUUAUUUAUUUUACAUUCUAAUGCAUUAUCUCAUAACACAUGUUAAAGUUGGGUCACCUCAAGUCUAAAUUAAUUGCAACAAAAACAGAGAAUAUGAGAACGCAAUAGUUUGUCCUUUGGUUAGUCCCUGCUCAGGUCUCAAAUAUUUUUGCUCGCUUGUGCCAUUACAGAUAUAACCUAUACCAUUCGCAUGUUAGGCUGAUCUCACACAUAAGUACAGUCCAGAUCAGAAAUGCUGGCAACUCAAGCCUUAAUUGUCCCAUCAGCAUUUCAGUCAACAUUUGUUUACUGGGAGUAUAAUUUACUUUUUUUUUUUUUUUUUCUUCUUCUAAGUUUAUUUAUACAUUCUACAAAUUGACUGGUGAAUGUGUCCAUAUUACAGCAGAGGCUAUGUGUGUUCCCAGUGCAAUCCCGGUGAUGCUUCCAUCCACUGUGAAACCACUCAAAUACUUUAAAUAUAGGGGAACUUGUUAGACUGGCUAGAGUGCUGACAUUAAAGGACCACUUCAGCUUCAUGAAGUGGUCUGGGUUCCAGGUCCAUCUAGGAUUAACCCUGCCUGCUGUAAACAUAGCAGUUUCAGAGAAACUGCUAUGUUUACAUAUGGGUUAAUCCAGCCUCUAGUGGCUGUCUCAUUGACAGCCGCUAGAGGGCUUCCACGCUUCUCACCGUGAUUUUUCACAGUGAGAAGACUCCAGCGUCCAUAGGAAAGCAUUAAGAAUGCUUUCCUAUGAGACUGGCUGAAUGUGCGCGUGGCUCUUGCCGCGCAUGCGCAUUCAGCUGAUGAUGGGGAAAGGAGGAGAAGAGUCUCCAGCACCGAGGGAGCCCGGCACUGGAGAAAUGUAAGUGUUUAACCCCUUCCUCUCCAUCCAGCCCAGCGCUGAAGAAAUGUAAGUGUUUUAACCCCUUCCUCUCCAUCCAGCCUGGCGGGAAUGGGACCCUGAGGGUGGGGGAACCCUCAGGGCACUAUAGUGGUCCUUUAACCAAAAUAACUAUUGACUACAUGACAUUUGUAUGGACAUGUAUCAGAAUUAGGUUUUGAAGAUUUUAUAAAUUAAUAUUUGACUACUGGUUGAACUUCAGAGUUCAAUUUGUUCUAAUAAUAUUUGACUCCAGAAUAUUAUCCAUCUAACUAUCAGGGUUACUUACUAAAGUGAGAAUGCAAAGUAAAUUUUAAAUUGAAGGCCAGGGUUGCCGAACGGAAAGCAUAGCCGUCCAUGAGAAUUUUGACCUUACAUUUGAAAUUCUUUGAAUUCUCACUUCAGUGAAUAACCCUGUAAAUGUCAGCAUGCAGGGAGUUCAGUCUUCCCUAUGUGAUUUUUGCCCUGUAUGUAAGUAGGAUUUCUUUAAUUACAUAUAAUUAAAUUCAUUCUCAGAAUCUUUUAAAUGAUCUGACCUGUUUGUGAACCUGUCUGCCGUUGGUCCCCUUUUAUAUAUAACUAAGAUUUUUUUAUUCUUAAGUUUGGAGUUUGCUAAAUCUGUCUAUUACACUUCGUCAAAAGCCAAAGUGAAUGCCCUGAUGACAUGGUGUAGCCCUGUUCACACGCUCUUUUUCUGUCCACAAUGUCUUGUUUAAUUAUUCAUGUCAUAAAUAUGGCCUGCUUAGAAUGGCUUCAAUUAUAUUUUGUACUUUUCUGUUUUAUAUGUAAGAAUGCAUGUUUCCUUCCAAUAUCCCUCCCUCCCCAAUCGAACCCAGAUGAAAUUAUAUUUUAAGGGUCACUUCAGGCCAGUGUCCUUUUUUAUUUUCUGGUUUCCUUUUAUGAAUCAUGUAGCUAAUGCAUUAAAAAUUCUAACUAUUAUAACAAAAAUACAUUUUAGAAUUUAUAUACGCUGUAUGUCUCAAAGUCCGUUUACUUGGCAGUCACUAUGAUUCGGUGAGUUCACCCAUUCGGGUAAGUUCAAUUAUUGAUUUUGAAUGUAAAUGAUGUUCCUAUACAAGAUGGGGUGUAUCUCUUCUUGUAUGAGACUUGACAAAGGCUCAUGUAAGAGCUGAAACGUUGUUACUUUAUCCUUUUAAGACUGCUAUUUGAAGAAACCACUAGGUGUGCCUCUAUCUGUUCGAAUUUCCAAGUGGAUCCUUAGGGAUUUGCCCUUCCUGUCUGGAGCAUCCAAGUGGGAGUAAUCCCCUGUAGGGUGCAUGGUCCAUUUUUGUCAUAGAACAAAUAAGACUGGUACAUCUGUAAGGUCCAAGCUAGAGCAAAGCAAUGUUUUGGCUAAAAAAAAAAAGCACAGUCCUCCAGUGAUGGCAUUCCCUUGAUUGCAUGGGUAGUGCCAUCUUAGAGGACAGGCUAAGGUAGGUCACGGGGGGCUCUGCCAGCAUUUGUCAUCUGUUGCAUGCAUGCUGUGUGUUGACUACAGAUGCAAAGUAUGCACUCCACUGCCGAAGAUGGAGUUACACCUCUGGUAGGAAAACACAAGUAGCAAGAGAGGCGAGAACGGACAACAGCUCAAUUAACCUGCCCUUCAGUGGGUCCCUGCUCAGAUCUCUGGUAGCACUAGACUAUGUAUCUGUACGUGUAGUGUUUCAAACGGGGGUAAAUAAUAAAGGUGAAAUCUUUGUAUAGAUUUUUAAUUUUUGACUUCUCAUCUGCUUACAUUAUCAUCUUUCAGCCCCUCGCCUUGGCUGCAUGGAGUUCUACGCUGGAAAUGUCUCAUAUAGAUCUGAAAGAGGUUAGACAGUGGCUGCAGGACAAUAUCUACCGAGACCAUGAAAAUGUAAUGGAGAAUGAGGGCAUCUAUGAUUACCUUCUGAUUCAGCCAUCCUCGAGGAUAGUGUCUGAUCUAUAUGGCACUGAAGUCUGUCCAAAAAGUCAGCUCGAGGUAUUGACCAAACACAGAACUAGCAAUUGUGUCAAUGGAAACAAUAGGGUGGAAUAUACAGAUUCUAUAUGGUUAGAUCUUGGCCGAGGUAAACAGCUCAUUAAGUAACCACUUACUUAGCCCGUUCAUUCACGGCUAGUGGAGUUAGUCUUGCAGCUUAACUGUGUUAAAUUUAGAACUUAGGAAACUCAAAAAUUCUUUAUGCUUCUUUGGCAGCUAAGUGUAUAUUUUACUUUGUUGAUAAGGGGAUUAUUAGGGUCCUAACAUAAUGAGCAACUCUAGAGCACAGGUCUAAAAUGUGGAACAAGCACAAUGAAAACAUUAGGAAUGUUCUUGUCGAUUGGUCUACUGAUGGAAUGUUUGCCCCAUAUGUGUGUUUUUACUCUACUGGAUUUUUUUUAUGUUGGGGUUCAGUGGUAUUCAAUUCGGCUUCAAAACAUUUUUUCACAAAUCGGACAUUUAAUUAAACAUGGGCGCUUGACCUUUUGCACAGUAGAGUGAUAAUUUAGCACUGGCCUUUAUUGCUAGAUUAGCAGGUUUUCUCUGCCAAUGUUCCACUCCAAAAGGGGGAAUUUACGGUAUAACCAGCAACUUGGGAUAAUAAAAGGAGAUAUGUAUGUAUGUAUGUGUGUGUGUGUGUAUAUAUGUGUAUAUAUGUGUAUGUGUGUAUAUAUAUAUAUAUAUAUAUAUAUAUAUAUAUAUAUAUAUAUAUAUAUAUAUAUAUACCCCUGAGGGGUCGAAACGUCGAUCAUACUAUGUAAACCUUCUUUUUAAUAAAUACUGCAUUUUUGAUUAUACAAGUCCUCAGAGUGCAUCUCUUACUCUGUGUGUGUAUAUAUAUAUAAAAAAAAAAUAUUGAGGUACCAAUACAUAUAUGGCACAAAUAAUUGUACGAUUUCCAUGAAGGAUCUAGAAAAGCCUCUUUUGACCAAAUCCAGUACUGUGGGCCUUCUACUUAGACAUGCACUGUAUUCAUUUGUAGUUCAUUCUUUUUGCCCAAUUAAGGACAGCCAUGAACUUACCAUAUUGUUCCACAAUUUUAUUUUGGUCUAUCGUAAAGUUUUACAUUGUUCUAUUACAAAAAUGCAUGUAUAUUUAUGUGUACUUUCAUAGCCUCCUUCUACUCUCUAAACCUCUUUAGUAAUUGCUCUGCUUUUUAAAUCACUAGAUGUUAAGGAAUUCUCCAAAGCGUGGACAGUGGUUAAAGAAAUUCAAAAAGAGAAGUGCAGCAUCCAUUUCUGGUUCCCUCGAAGUUCCAGCUGCUCCUCUAGUUCAGGAUGGAGAGAAGCUAUCUCAGAAUGCCUCUGUUACAUCAAAUGUGCAAGCUGCAAAUAUCACUAAAAUACAACCUGGGGUUCCACUUGUACCAACUAAUGGUAUAACUGGUUCACAUACUCCAGCAAUGACCGUCAAAGAACCUGUCGUUUUGGUUUCUACACCUUCUGUUCCACACGAAGAACGUUCUAAUAGGGAUCUAGUGGAGCGCAGGGAAGCAUUGGACAUAAACAAGCAUAAGGAGAACCGUAUACCAGAAUCAGAAGUACAAAAAAAUCUAACCUUUUUGGGGAAUAAUUUACCUGAUCAUAAUUUGGGAUCCAUAUCUGCAGAAAAUCUCCAAAAUACAUCUGAGAAAAGAGCAGACUUCAAGGACAAAACAUUACAAUCUCCAGUGAAUAAAGAACCUGACUUCCCUCAGGACAAGGAAUAUAUAAACCGCACAGAAAAAAAGGCACACGAUUCCAUUUCUGAAAAAACAGAAGAGGCAUUGACUGAUCAUCCACUGGAACCUACACCUGGUUCACAGUCCCCAGGAGUUGCGGAAGGAAAACAAGAAUGCAAAUGUGAACAUGCGCCGUCACCAUUCAUACCACCCAAAGCACAAAAAAGAUCUGGUUCUGGGCAGCAGAAGACUGACCUUUAUGUGUCUACACCACGUACAGAAGAGGCAUCGUGGGCAGCUGCAUCUUUGAUCUUCCUUUUGGUUUUGUUGACUGUGUGCGUGUUGUACACAAAAAUUCAUAAGAAGUUCCGUAAGAGCCAGAGCCUGUACUGGGGGUCAGUAGGAGGCUAUGUACAUACAGAGACAGUGGCAUGUGAGUAUUUUGGAAGGUUAUGGGCAAUAUAUAUGUAUUGUACAUAGUGUACCAUACAUUCUAUAAGAGUAAAGCGGUGUUUUUAACAUUUUUGAUUAUGAAGAGUGCAAGCAGAAACUAUUACCAAAAUGACAAAGUAAUAAAGGCAUUCAUACCCUGAGACUACUUUACACAAAACAUAGCCCAUAAAUAUUUAUGCUGAAAUCUUAAAAGGUAUAUUUUUGUCUUUUAUCCAAGCUUUUUGGAUUGACUAUCAUAUACAUAAAGAUGUUUCCUUUAUGAUUGUCUUUUACUAAAUUGAAUAGUUUUACUCUAGGGAUUUGUAGGCCAUAUAUUACUUAUCGGGGUGGAUAAAAAGCAAUAUAUUUUCUUUUAAAAUCAAAUCGGAUUUACUUUUUUAUUAACUUAUUUGAGAUUUUAUUUAUUUUAAUUUAAAUCAGAUUUCUUUUAAUAAAAUGCUCUUGGAUGAAAAACUAGAAACAUUUAAGUGAUUGUUUUGUAUUUAAAAUACAUUAUAGUCCAAAGGUUAUUUGGUAUAAAAUCUUUUUGGCAUGAGGCUGUACAUAGAUUGCAAAAUUUACAUUUUUGGUUAAUUCCAUUAAUUCAAAUUAAUUGAACUUGUGUCAGAGAUAACAUGCAUUUUCAGCACCACCGUUUAUUAAAUAAACAUACAAAGUUCAGAAAAGACGUCAAUCUCCUUAUUAUGCAAAUCUAUAUACAAUGACUAGUUUACCUUAAAGCGUUACUCCAAGCACCAUAAGCACUUUAGAGAUUAGAUGUGGUUAUGGUGCUUGGAUACUGUAUGUGCAGUUUCAGUAUGAACAUACGGAGAUAUUUUAUGUUGCUGUCAGAGGUGUAACUCCAUCUUCGGCAGCGGCAUUUGUACGUCAUGAGCCAGUCUGGAAUAAACGUUCCAGGCUUCCUAAUGGCAUUUCUGUGCAUAUUCAUGCAGAGAGGAUCAAUCAUCGGCUGACGCUCCAGCCAACGAAUAACUGGCAGAGUUGGCAUCUAGCUUCUGCAGAAACUAGAUACAUAUCACCCAACAUGUGAAGGCGUGGUGCCCAGCGAUAACCCAGGUAAGAGGGCAAACAAUUACAGUUUAGGUUAUUUUAAAGAUAUUUUGUAUCACGACUUCAGUUAGCAGACGUUUAGCAUUAAUAUGUAUGCUAUAUAAUAUUAUUUUAGUUAAAAUUAAACUGGAGAUAGUGCACCUUGUCAUAAUGUCAUCAUUAUCUAUUUAGUUCUACAAGUGAUUCUGAUAGAACUAUUAAAUAUAUAAUACUAUUAAAAGUUACUAUUCUAAAAAUGAAAUUAUCAUCUGGUGGAGAGUAGUAAAAACAUAACAGCCAGCAAAAAUGAGUCUUAAAGGACCACUCUAGGCACCCAGACCACUUCAGCUUAAUGAAGUGGUCUGGGUGCCAGGUCCAGCUAAGCUUAACCCAUUCUUUCAUAAACAUAGCAGUUUCAGAGAAACUGCUAUGUUUAUGAAUGGGUUAAGCCUUCCCCCAUUCCCUCUAGCGGCUGUCUCAUUGAGCUAGAGGCGCUUGCGUGCUUCUCACUGUGAUUUUCACAGUGAGAGCACGUCAGCGUCCAUAGGAAAGCAUUGAUAAUGCUUUCCUAUGCGACCGGCUGAAUGCGCGCAGCCAGCCGACGAGGAGGAGGAGAGCUCCCCGUCCAGCGCUGGAAAAAGGUAAGUUUUUACCCCUUUCCCCCUUCCAGAGCCGGGCGGGUAUGUUUUCCUGGCACUAUAGUGGUCCUUUAACGGUUAGAAAUCUUGAUUACAGACUAGUGAUUUAACUCAAAUCCAACGUUAUUUGUUAGUUUCUUUAUUAUAUUAACAGAACAUAUUUUGUCAUGUGCAGCAGUGUUACUAGAUUCCUUAAAUUCUAGAAUAUAGAUUAAUUAGCAUUUUAAACUCUGACCUCUUCUUACUUUUUGUUUAUUUAAUCACCAAACAUCAUUUCAAUUUGAGGAUAAAUUAACCCCUUAAGGACUGAGCCAAAUGUACACGUUGUGAACAAAACGUUCACAAAACCUGGCAUUUGCGUUACAUGUCUGUCCAACCGUAAUUCACCUCUUUCAUAGUAAAUGCACCCACCCUUAUUAUAUAUCAUUUUAUUCAGGGGAAACAGGGCUUUCAUUUAAUAUCAAAUAUUUAGCUAUGAAACAUAAUUUAAUAUGAAAAAAAUGGGAGAAAAGUUUUUUUUUUUUUUUGUUCUACAUGACAUUUUAACUGUCAAUGUCAUAAUACUGUUUGCUUUUACGACAAUAAAAUACAAAUUUGUAUUCAGCAAAGUCUCACGUGUAAAACAGUACCCCCUAUGUACAGGUUUGAUGGUGUUUUGGGAAGUUACAGGGUCAAAUAUAGCACGUUACAUUUGAAACUGAAAUUCGCCAGAUUGGUUACGUUGCCUUGGAGACUGUAUAGUAGCCCAGGAAUGAAAUUUACACCCAUAAUGGCAUACCAUUUGCAAUGGUAGACAACCCAAGGUAUUGCAAAUGGGGUAUGUCCAGUCUUUUUUAGUAGCCAUUUGGUCACAAACACUGGCCAAAGUUAAAAAAGAGAGCAAGGAACACAACGUUCCAAGUCCCUGUAUAGCCGCCGCACCCACCACCUCAAAACCUCCCCAAAAGGGGGGCAGUGGCUGCAGGGGUCACGCAGAGACCAACGUACCAGUAUGAGACUCCAGCUGUCUCAGAGGGGCUUAACCCCAAAUAUAAACACAAGAACAAAGAAAUAUGCAGACCGUCCAGUAUGGGCGUUUUUUCUGCACAGGGCACUGGUGUUUGGAGCACCAUGAUCACCAUUUAAUUUAACUUUAUUUUAUAUAGUUUUCUUCUUUUCUUUCCUAUGCCUAUUUAGCUAGCUUUACAGGGAGAGAGGCUUUAUUAAUGCUAAUUAUCAGUCUGUUUUUGACUGAUUUUUUUACUUCUAUUUUCAGUCCUUAUCUCUCUCUGUUUUUCUUAAUAUGUUUCUAGUGUGACCAGGAUACUUCCUAGGAUGCAUGGAUUAUAGAGACUUAGCUACUGUAUACUCCUAUCCCUAUAGCAGAUCACAAUAAAGCUUAAUUAUAAGGGGGAGUGAGGUUAUCUUUUUUACUACCUCUUGAUCUAUACUACCCUGGGCUGGCAUAGGAUUGUAGGUUCACUUGUAUAUACUUUGUUUAAUUAGGGUCUCUGACCAUAUUAUUUCUAAUAGCCAGGUUCUAUAUUUGGAACAUCGCGCUAUACAUAGAUAUAUUUUUUCCAGUCAAUGCAGUAAGUUUCAUUCAUAUAAUUGAGACGGUCUGCAUAUUUCUUUGUUCUUCUGGCCAAAGUUAGCGUUAGUAUUUGUUUGUGUGUGAAAAAUGCCAAUUUUGGCCAGUGUUUGUGACUAAGUGACUUCUAAAAAAGACUGGACAUACCCCAUUUGCAAAGCUUGGGUUGUCUACUAUUGCAAAUGGUAUGCCAUCAUAGGGGUAAUUUUCAUUCUUGGGCUACCAUAGGGUCUCAAAGGCAAUGUAACCAAUCUGGCGAAUUUUAAUGUGGGAAAAAACUGAAACACAAGCCUUAUAUUUGAUGCUGUAACUUUUGAAAACACCGUAAAACCUGUACAUGAGGGGUACUGUUGUACUCGGGAGACUUCGCUGAACACAAAUUUGUUUCAAAACAGUAAAACGUAUCACAGCAAUAAUAUCUUCCGUGUAAGUGCUGUUUGUGUGUGAAAAAUGCAAAAAAACUUCACUUUUACUGGCAAUAUCAUCGUAAUACAUUUUACUGUUUUGAAACACUAAUAUUUGUGUUCAGCGAAGUCUCCCGAGUAAAACAGUACCCCCAUGUACAGGUUUUAUGGUGUCUUUGAAAAUUAUAGGGUUAAAUAUAGUACUAGCAAAUUAAAUUCCCUUUACUUUCGGCAUGGGUUGUCAGGCAGGUCCCGCUAAUUGUAAUUAAUUAAAAUACCUAAUUAUGUAUAAAUAUUACAUAAAUAUAUGUAGAAUUAAUAAGUGUGUGUGUGUGUGUGUGUGUGUGUGUGUGUGUAUAUGUAUGUAUGUGUGUGUGUGUAUAUAUAUAUAUAUAUAUAUAUAUAUAUAUAUAUAUAUAUAUAUAUAUAUAUAUAUAUAUAUAUAUUUUCGUUCGUGUAUUUUAAUAUAUAAUCACAAUACAGUUAGAACGAAAUAACAUCUAUUUUUUAUAUAUAUAUAUAUAUAUAUAUAUAUAUAUAUAUAUAUAUAUAUAUAUACUCUCUCUAUCUAUAUCUAUCAUCCAAGUAGAGAGCACUCUGGAGUCUUCGUUUUACAUCAAAAUAAAUACUGCUUUAUUGUGCAGAAUACAAAAAUGUCGACGUUUCAGUCACAAUAGACUUUUCUCAAGACCUUGAGAAAAGUCUAUUGUGACUGAAACCUCGCCAUUUUUGUAUUCUGCACAAUAAAGCAGUAUUUAUUUUGAUAUAAAAUGAAGACUCCAGAGUGCUCUCUACUUGGAUGCUAUAUUUUGGUCAGAGAUUACUUGCACCGGAGCAUGGAAAAGACCGGGAACAUUGAGUGCUGGGACCUGGGAGAAAAUAUAUAUGAUCUAAGUAUAUAAUUUUUUUUUUACACUGAUUUUAAUUUUAUUUGAUUUCCAGCCAGCAGGGGGACUAACUGUCAUUACAGGCAGUCCCCCUGCUGGCAAUGCAGCAGCCAGCUAACCCGGCCAUGUGAUUGUGAGGUCCUCGCAAGGACCUCACUCUCACAUGGCCAGGGUGCGCCGGGGGACUCCCUGGGAUCCCAGGUGAGUCUCCCCAACCGCGAUCGCCGGCGACCGGGUAAGUAAAAAAAACUAGGAGGGCGUUUUAGAGCAGCUUAGAAUAGGGCGUAAUAGUACGCCCUCUGGUUUUAAGGGGUUAACAGAGAUACAAACCCAGUGUUCAGUGUACUCCUAUACCAAUUUUUUUAUUUUUUUUAUUUACAUUCCUUCUGGAAGGCUUUUGAAAAAUAGUUCCCUCAGCUUGUAGGAAAUAAUUCCAUCAUUCUAGUGCCCCUUCUAUAAACUACCAAGAUCUUAAUUACAAUACUGCAUCCAGUUAUGGAGACUAUUGGAAAGGGCUUAGGUAAACGAAUCUAGCAUGUUAUAACCGAUUUGAUUCUGCUGCAUUACAGUAUUAAGGUCUGCGAGGGCACAAUGUUUUAGAUAAGUACCUGGAGUGGCCAUUACCCACUUCUACCACCUUGUUACACUUUUUUUUUUGUAAAUAUACAAUAAGCCACACUUACAUUUACCUCCCUUCCAGUGCUGAUCCUCACUAAGGGAUACUUUUCUCUUCAGGAGUUCUUGGCGGUCCUCCUGCCUUCUUGCAAAUUUCAUCUUCUUAGGCCUAUAUGGAUCAAGGUUCCCCAGUUAAUUAUUAAACUUGUUUAUGUUUACAAUUUGUCCCAUAGCUGUUAUCAAGAGGAGACUGAAACAAGGUUACAGCAAACGAAAGAAAUGGAUUGGUCGCAAGAAGCCCCCUACGUUGUUGUAUGAAAGUUUAAGUGAAAGUUCUGACUAACACUCAGCAUGGCCUGUUUGAAAUCACUGAACAAAUGAAGAGGCUCAGUUCAGCAAUCACUAAAUUGACAUUGAAUGUAUCAUAUUAAUCAUGGAGGGUAGCCAUAGUAUGUUUAUUUUUUAUUUAUUUAAUUUUUUCACUUUUAUGUUCUCCCAGCUGGUUUACUUAAUUAGAUUUGGGUGUGAUUUUUAACAAUCAUUUAUUUUAAGCCAUUUGGCAAUGUUCAUGGAAACACAGUGAUUUUAAUGAAUACUGGAACCAUGUUUGGGCAUGAACUAAAAUGUUUAUGAAGAAACUGGACAUACAGCCAACUUUUUACUCAUAGCUGGAAAAUGUGCAAAAACUCCAAAGCAAAUUCCUUUUAAUCCACACAUGAACAAAUCGAACAAUUAGGGAUUCACAUGUAGCAUCAACUAUAUACGUUUUGGGGUGGAUUAAAGGGUUAUUGAUUCGGAUGAAGCAACAAACCUUUUCCAUUUUGUAAAAAAUGUUUUUUAAUUUUGCACAAGUCUGUGGACACUGAAUGUUUUUGUUUUUUAUAUAUAUAUAUAUAUAUAUAUAUAUAUAUAUAUCCGUGUAUGGAAGGAGUACAAUAAUUUUUUUUUAAUUAGAUGACUGGACUAUAUCAGAGAGCCAACUUGAAGGAGCUGUGAGCCACUUAUGGCAAACCUAUAGAUCUUUGAACUUUGCACAAACCUGCUGUGUAUAUAUAUGUAUUUAUUUUUGUAUUGUUUUUAGAUAUUGGUAUACCUUUUUAUCUAAAACUGUUCGGUAUUAAAGAUAUUUUCUUACUAUAUGGGUUGUUUUUUUUCCCCUCUCUCCCCUGUAAAGUUACUUAACUUAUAAAUCUUCAACUAGCCUGUACAACAUACCUACAGAACAGAGUGACAUAGCCCAAACGAGACGAGCAACCAGAAUCACAGACUACCUGGACAGACACCUAAACAAAACCCUCACAAGAGAUCUGACGGAGGGUAUGGAGGAACACAUCACCAUGGAAGAACUACAAGCUACCCUAAAGACCUCCAAGAUGCACAAAGCCCCAGGACCGGAUGGCCUCCCGGCCACGUACUACAAAAAGUUUAAAGAGAUAUUGCUACCGCCCCUCCUGAAGACCCUUAACGCGAUCUUGGACGGGAGCAGAUUCCCAACAGAUACUAUAGCGGCGUCCAUUACACUUAUCCCCAAAGAAGGGAAAGACCAGACCAACUGCUCAAACUACCAACCGAUCUCCCUUCUCAACUCUGACCUGAAACUGUUCACCAAAAUCCUGACCACACGAAUUGGUAAAGUCCUGCCACACUUAAUACACCCGGAUCAAGUGGGCUUCAUACCAGGCAGAGAGGCAAGGGACAACACCAUCAGAGCCCUCAACAUAAUACACUUGGCACGCAAGACUGGCCGCAAAACGAUCCUCCUCUCGAGUGAUGCCGAAAAAGGCCUUUGACAGGGUGGACUGGCAAUUCAUCAUGGCAACACUCAAAGCGAUGGGGUUUGGACCACACAUGCUCAGAUGGAUUUCUUCACUGUACACCACGCCUACCGCCAGGAUACAGAUCAAUGGAGCCCUCUCGAGGCCCUUCAACAUACGGAACAGCACGAGACAGGGCUGCCCCCCUGUUUGCCCUCUCCCUGGAACCUUUAUUGGAGGGCGGUCAGACGGGACGGGGGCAUCACAGGCUUCCCGCUCGGGAUACAGGACCAUAGAGUGGCAGCCUACGCAGAUGAUCUGAUCUUAUAGUGUGAGUUUUAUUUUAGGUUAAAGUUUAUAGCUGAACUGUUAAUUUCUGUGCUGCCUGUGAAAUGAAGUAGAAUCAUACUAAACAUACACUGCAUUAAGUGGUAUGUGUAGAUUGUGCAGUAGAGUUUAGGUAUGCAGAUAGUUAUGGGAGUAUGGUAGCUAUGGCAGGAAUCACAAGAAUUGGAGGUACAAAUGGGUAGAGACAAAGAAGUGGAAAAGAAUAGAAAAAUAGAAACAUAGAAUGUGACGGCAGAUAAGAACCAUUCGGCCCAUCUAGUCUCCCCAAUUUUCUAAAUACUUUCAUUAGUCCCUGCCCUUAUCUUAUAGUUAGGAUUGCCUUAUACCUAUCCCACGCAUGCUUAAACGCCUUUACUGUGUUAACCUCUACCACUUCAGCUGGAAGGCUAUUCCAUGCAUCCACUACCCUCUCAGUAAAGUAAUACUUGAUAUUAUUUUUAAACCUUUGUCCCUCUAAUUUAAGACUAUGUCCUCUUGUUGUGGUAGUUUUUCUUCAUUUAAAUAUAGUCUCCUCUUUUACUGUGUUGAUUCCCUUUAUGUAUUUAAAUGUUUCUAUCAUAUACCCCCUGUCUCGUCUUUCCUCCAAGCUAUACAUGUUAAGAUCCUUUAACCUUUCCUGGUAAGUUUUAUCCCGCAAUCCAUGAACCAGUUUAGUAGCCCUUCUCUGAACUCUCUCUAAGGUAUGAAUAUCCUUCUGAAGAUACGGUCCCCAGUACAAUACUCCCAGUGAGGUCUCACCAGUGUUCUGUACAAUGGCAUGAGCACUUCUCUCUUUCUACUGCUAAUACCUCUCCCUAUACAACCAAGCAUUCUGCUAGCAUUUCCUGCAUUGUCUACCUUUAAGUCAUCAGAAAUAAUCACCCCUAAAUCCCUUUCCUCAGAUGUUGAGGUUAGGACUCUAUCAUAUAUUCUGUACUCUGCCCUUGGGUUUUUACGUCCAAGAUGCAUUAUCUUGCACUUAUCCACAUUAAAUGUCAGUUGCCACAAUUCUGACCAUUUUUCUAGUUUUCCUAAAUCAUUUGCCAUUUGGCUUAUCCCUCCUGGAACAUCAACCCUGUUACAUAUCUUAGUAUCAUCAGCAAAAAGACAAACCUUACCAUCAAGACCUUCUGCAAUAUCACUAAUAAAAAUAUUAAAGAGAAUGGGUCCGAGUACAGAUCCCUGAGGUACCCCACUGGUGACAAGUCCAAGCUUCGAAUAUAUUCCAUUGACUACAACCCUCUGUUGCCUGUAACUCUUCUUCCUCACCAACCCGACGGUAUCACUGCCGAACCUGAUGGCUAGAUUCCGGGAGUAUGGCUCAGUUUCCAACCUUAAGCUUAAUGCAGAUAAAUCAGAGGUGCUGCCAAUCAUAUACCCCAAAAACGAAGUGGACCGACUCAAGAUGCAAUUCCCCUUCCGAUGGUGCGACCCUAGAAUUAAGUAUCUUGGCAUCUGGCUUUCCAAGGAAUUGGCCAAACUAUACCAAGAGAACUUCGCACCAAUACUGUGCACUCUACAGACAGACCUUAACACCUGGGGCAACCUCUACAUAUCAUGGUUUGGUAGGAUCAACGCCCUGAAGCUCAACCUGCUGCCGAGACUUCUCUACUUUUUUCAGACCGUGCCCAUUGUCAUACCGAAAUUUUUUUUUCAGUCAGUCAAUACCGCGAUCACAGGUUUGUAUGGAAAGCAGGGCCACCUAGAGUAAAUCGAUCAUUGCUAACGCUACCCAAAAGGGCAGGAGUGGGACUACUGUCGAUUUUGCAAUACUAUCAAUCCACAUACCUACUGCGCGCAAUAGACUGGCACUCCAGAGAACCGGAUAAACGCUGGAGGGACAUGGAAAUAGCCCAAGUGGGACAAAAAUUGCCCGCAGCGGUGUGGACGACAGCCCCAUACUUAAACUCAGAGCUUCAAUCCAAUCUGCUGAUCAGAGAAACCCUGAAGGUCUGGAUAGUCUUGAGGCUAACACACACACUGACCACGACCCCGUCGCCCCUAACCUCCUUAUCCCACAACCCAGAGAUAGCGGAUGGGCCCACACCUACCGACCUGAGCGGCUCAGACUGGACGUACCUGAGACAAGUAUGCACGACCACGGAACUAAAGCCACUUCGAAGUGUAACCAUCACCGAAACCCCUUCAUACCUAACUAAAUACCGAUACCACCAGAUACAACACUACUACCAGUCCCUUAGGGGCAAACACCUGGUCCACUCACUACAUUUGAACGACUGUGUAUCUAGAGACCGGCCCAGAAAGGGGAUCUCACUCCUCUACUCUUUACUACUUACCGCCACACCGCGUAUCCCACCAAAACAUAUCUCCCAGUGGGAACAGGACGUUCACUAACAGACACGCAAUGGGAAACACUACACAACCUUGCACAACAGGGCAUCAUCAGCUCCAAGAUGCAGGAACUCAACUAUAAGCUUCUGGUGUACUGGUACAGGACACCCGCAAAAUUACACUGUAUGACACCCGACCACCCUGACACAUGUUGGAGGUGCGGUAGUGAGCCGGAAACGGACUUCCAUAUCUGGUGGACAUGCACAAAAAUAGCGCAAUACUGGCAAAUGAUACACGCCAAAAUCACUGAAAUAGCCGACCCUGAUUUACCAUUCCAACCAAUCCCAAUGCUGUUACAUCAUAUGUCCCUAUCCUUACCCAAAUACAAAUGCUCUCUUAACCAGGCACCUUCUGAACGCAGCUAAAUCACUCAUACCACUCAACUGGCGAACAACAAAUGUUACGACUUCCGAACAAUGGAUGAACAGUGUGGAACACAUGUAUAGCAUGGAGUCAUUCACAGCCUCACUAAGAGGCACUUCGGAGAAAUGUGCCCUGAUGUGGUACCCUUGAUGCUCAUAUAUAACACAGAGGCCCUCAAAUAGAGACCCGGACCAGGGAUGUCUCGUUGAGGCCACCUAGGAAGACACCAGCACAGCCUAGCAGGGACAAGGUGGACCAGCCUGAACACCCGAAGCAAGGCGACCAACACCAUCCCGGCAACAGAAAUGGGAGAGCACUGAGGAUUCACUUAACCCUGGCACAACAGAGGCGAGGGAGGCGUCCAACCACCCCCACCCCCUCCUCCUUUUCUUUUUCUUGUUUUACUUUAUACCUGCAUACGUGUACAGGGCGGAUACGCAUAGGACACACAAUCGACCUGGAACUGGUACCUGACCCGACGCACAACAGACAAUACCAUGGAAAUGAACCACACCGACCAGAUCUGUGUACCCCAACCAAAACACCACACACACACAACCAUAAACAUUCAUUUCACAACACCCCACACAAAGACAUAGCAGAAGGUCAACACAUACAACAACCAACAACAAUAGCUACAUGACACAUACACACCAAAGCCCUAAAGCAACUACCGAGUUAUACCCGUUAAAAGUUGAAAACUCUGUUUCAGUAUUGAACACAUUGAUGUAUUUACCAAAUUUGAUGUACCAUUUGCAGGUAACAAUAUUACUCUAUGUUAUGCAUGGAGGGGAAAGGGGAAAGGAAAUAAAUGGUUAUUGAAUUGAUAUUACCAAGUAGCUUACUAAGACCCAGCGGUAUAUAAACCUACAGUCUGUCUAGCAUGUCACGUAUCUACUGUAUAGCCUGAAGCCACUCAGUUAUGUAGUAUUUUUUGUUUGUUUCUAUGCAUCACUGUAGCAACUAGCCAGUUAUUCCUAGCAUAGAAUACUCACAUACUUACCUUGUCUAGUAAAUCUUAUUCAUAAUGGCCUGCCUAGAGAGAUUUUCUAUUGUACUUUAUCCUCAGACUUCAUUCUAGACAGAUACACUUAGCAUGUUAUCAACCUCACACAAAUGUUUAGCCUGUUUACAUACCAAAAUGAGACCGUCUGUUCAAGAGUUAAUGUCAUCUGCAUUGCUAAAAAGUGUAUAUUUGCUCUAAGCCCUUUCUGUACUGAAUUGCACAAAGUCUCAAUAAAAUAAAGAUUGACAAAAAAACAACUUUGAAAUCUUCAAAUCUAGGACCUGAACUUAAAAUUCACUUUGAAUUGCGAACAAUUCUCACUUUAGCAAAAAAACCCUGUUAAUCUCAUAAGCAGUUCACGAGC